UCUGUAAAGUUGAGUCGCUAGUUGUCAUGGAUUUUGGAUGUUUUAUUAUAGUGUGGUUUUGGUUAAUUGCCAUGGUCAGUAACUAUGACUUUUCUUUAUCAGCUGUCUCUAAACUGGAUGAAGAUAUUCUACCAGGUGACUUUAUAACUACGGAUUAAGAUUCAACAUGUCUGUCAGACUUCGGGUCAUGCUGCAGGAAGAAAUUCGCAAGCUUCUCUUGCCCUUGGGAAUCCCUCAGACUGUGGGGGAAUUGAAGACUAUUUUACAAGAGACAUUUGAAAUUAAACAAGAUUUUACUGUUCAGUUUCAGGACCAAGAUUUUGAUGGUCAGUUUUUUACUUUACUUGAAACUAAGGAUAUAAAGGACAAAGACACUAUCAAGGUGGUUCUUAUUGAACCAGUGAUCACACUAACAUUUGAGGAUUCUUUGACUGCAAAAGGAGUCCAUCAGAGUGUUGAUUCUAGUUUCGUAGAGUCAUCAGAGGAUAGCUGUUCCACAGCAUCAACAAUAAAUCUGUCUUCUCCAGAGAGCGCCUCCUCCCUUCGUUCAGAGUCUUGGCCUGCUCAGUUUGAGAUACCUACUUUCUCCUUUGAUACUGAACUCAUUCUGCAAGCUGCAAAUGAAGCUUACAGUAAGGACGGAACCUUACUCAGCAAUCCUGCAGUAAAAUCCAACAUUCUGGACAAACUAGCAGAUAGCAUCUUUGUUUACACUGCCUAUCCUUCCCAAGCACAAAGGGAGCAGGUUGCCGAGGCCCUGGUUGCAAAGCACCCAUGCUUGAGGGACCCAGUAUCCUUCAAUGGUUUAUACAGUUGGCACAACAGCUUGAAGUAUAAGCUUGGCAAUUACAGAGCAAAAGUGAGACACCUUGGACUACCAGAGCUGAAUGUAAACUCUAGAAAGAAAAAAUGGACCGAAGACUCCAGCUCUCCAUGUAGAAACUUGAAAAAGGCAAAGAAAUCUGAGGUAAACUACCUCCCACCUCACCCUCAAGGUGAAACCGAUGCAACACUUGAGAAGGAGCGAGUGGACCUUCUCUAUGAGUGCAAGAAGCGAGACAAUAACAAAGUCAUAAAUGAAAAGAUGGCAAAAACCUUCUCACUGCGUCGAAGUGAUGUAAUCCUCAACAAACCACCUGUGAUUGACUUCAAAGCUCGAUGGCCCGCCUUGUUUGAAUUUUCCCAGAUAGAGGAGGAAUUCCGCAGGAUCACACUGAAGCCACUGCAAUCCACAUUCUUGGGCAAGUUGGACCAAUACACACCCAAGCUGUUGAGCCUGUACAGGAGGAAGGGUGGAGCCGUGGGGAAAAAACUUGAUGAGACCCUUGACAUGUUAAAUGAGGACAGCAACAUCGAGUCCCGAAGAGAAGUUGUGAUAAGGGGCCUCAUUGUCUACCUUGGUGAAAACUUAGGGGAGUUAAUCAAGGACUUCAAGGUUUUCGAUGACAGCGAUGCUGCAGCUGUCCAAGAAGCCAUUACUACAUUUGUCCUCGGCAUCUUUGUGGUCAGCAAAGCCAGAGAAGAUCUCCCCAAGCUAGCUGGAAUAGCCAUCGAAGGAGCAGAAAUCCUUUUUGGUAUCCCAGAUGUGGCUCAUGCUUGCACCUAUCUGAUGGGCCUUCUCUAUGCCUUGGACCUAAGGUACCCUAAUAAACUGAAGUAUACAUUUGAGGUCUUUCAGAAGAUCUUUCUGGAGCUGGAGGAUGCAAACAAAAAAAUGUCUUCCAAAGUCCACGAUCUCAAGGUCUGUUUGCAUGCUUAAAAGCCAUACAGAUGACGUUGAAGGUGUAGAUUUUGACUGAACUCACUCGUACCAAGUUGUGCUAAUAGGUUUACACUGCAUAUUCUGAGGUUCCCCUAAUGCUCUCAGGUUACACUUUUCAUUUUCGUAUCUCUAAUAUGCAGAAAAAUAUUAAAUUUAAUUUAAAAAGAGUAUGCUGGCACAUGCCUUUUUUUGUUAUGUAUCAAAACUUUUAUUUUGUUUGAGCUAACUGACAAGUUUUGUUUUGGGUUUAGAUGCAUAAAUAAACCUGAGAUUGACUCUUGUGGGUCUCGUUAA